UAAUAACAAUGUCUUCAAAAUUUUGGGCAGAAUUAUCUAACGAUUACGAAAAACUUUUUGAGACAGAAGUUGGAUAUGACGUUAUUAUUUAUGCUGGUGAAGAACAAAAUGUUAAGGAAAUUCAUGCCCAUUCAAAUAUUUUAUCUAUUAGGUCUCAAUAUUUUCGUUCAGCAUUUUCUAAUGAAUGGGCUGAGAAAAAAGAUAGAAAAUUUAUUUUCAAAAAACCUAAUAUUUCUCCACAAUUGUUUAAUAUUAUUCUUAGAUUUAUUUAUUGUGGAAAUAUUGAAUUAAAGGAUUUACAAGGUCCUGAUGUAUUGAAAUUGUUAAUAGCAGUUGAUGAGCUCAAUAUUCAUCCUUUGGUUUCUCAUAUUCAAGAAUUUUUGAUUGAACACCAAACUGAAUUUUUAUACAAAAAUCCAACUGGAAUUCUUGAAACUGUUUAUCAACAUGAAACAUUUACAGAUUUAUGGAAUUUUUGUCUUGAAAAAAUUUGUGAAGAACCUAAAGCUUUAUUCAGUUCUAAUAGUUUUACUGAUUUAAAAGCUCCCUUGUUAGAAUCAUUGUUAAAAAGAGAUGAUUUAAAUAUGGAUGAAAUUGAAAUUUGGGAGAAUUUGUUAAAAUGGUGUUUUGCUCAACAAAAUAUAAAGAAUGAACCAUCAAAAUGGAAUAAAGAUGAUAUUACAAAAAUUGAAAGGGCAUUGUACAGAUUUAUUCCUUUAAUUCGAUUUUAUGACAUUAAACCUACAGAUUUCUUUUAUAAAGUUUAUUGUUAUAAAGAUAUCUUACCACAAGAUUUAAUUCAUAAUCUUUUAGAAUUUCAUAUAGUUCCCGAUAUGAAACCUAAAUCUAAUCUGACACCUUCGAGAAAACCAAAAUAUCAACUUGAUUCAACCUUGAUUGAAUCAGACCACAUUCCCAUUUUUGCUUCUUGGAUUGAUAGAAAAGAUGAUUCUUCACAUUAUAAUAGAAAAAAUAUUCCUUAUGACUUUAAAUUAUUAUAUCGCUCAAGUCAGGAUGGAAAUGAUGUUUUAUCAUUUCAUAGAAAUUGUGAUAAUAAAGGGGCUACUAUUUGGAUCGCAAAAAUCAAAAAUUCUACUCAAUUAAUUGGUGGGUAUAAUCCACUUGACUGGGAUCAAAGUCAGUCUUGGAAAUCUACAGCAGACAGUUUUCUAUUUAAUUUUACAAAUGGGAGAGUUAUUUCUACCGCAAAAAGGAGUUAUGUCAGUGCGCCGAAUGUGGCUGUUUGUUGUGCCUCUCAUUGUGGUCCAACUAUGGGUAAUUUAUUCUGUGAAAAUAAUGUUUGGUCUUACAAUAAUCUUGGUAAUGGAGAACGUUAUCCUAAAAUAGGAAUCCCAGCUAACUUUGAAGUAGAAGAUUAUGAAGUAUUUCAAGUAAUUAAAAAAUAAAUAAAAAAUAUUAAAUUUAUAUAAAUGAAUAAAAGAAUUUUGUUUCGUUUCUAGUACAAUUUUUUGCAUUUAAGCAAGAUUCAUUUUCAAUAUGAGUAACAUUUUCUUUAUCUUCACAAAUAAGUUCUUUAACUUUAAACCA